AUGCAUCUCAUGUACACCCUCGACAGCAACGGCAACCGCCUGUACACGCUCAAGAAGGUCGCCCACGGACAGGUGACCAAGUCGGCGCACCCGGCGCGCUUCUCUCCCGACGACAAGUGGUCCCGCCAGAGAGUCACGCUGAAGAGGCGGUUUGGCCUGCUGUUGACGCAGCAGAAGGAGGAGUAG